CCUCUCUCUCUCUCUCUCUCUCUCUCUCUCUCUCUCUCUCUCUUAUUCGUUAUAAACACAUUGGCAGCUUCUCGUUCUUGUCCAUCAUUGCUUUGAACCCCCCUUCUCUCUCUACCCCACUCUCCGAGUCUUCAGAGUCGUCAGCCAUGAAUGCACCUGAACAAGCAUCUGAAUUGGGAAUAUCUCAACAGAAUGUGAAGAGGGUGUCGUCUUCAACUGUGCUCACAUUGGCUUACCAGAGCCUUGGAGUGGUAUAUGGUGAUAUCAGUACCUCUCCUCUCUAUGUAUACAAGACUACGUUCUCCGGACAGCUGAGCCUUCACGAGAAUGACGAGGAGAUCUUUGGUGUUCUUUCAUUUAUCUUUUGGACGAUGACUCUAAUUGCACUUUUCAAGUAUAUCUUCAUCGUGAUGUCUGCCAAUGACAACGGAGAAGGUGGGACAUUUGCCUUGUAUUCUUUGCUUUGUCGACAUGCAAGACUGAGCAUUUUACCAAAUCAACAAGAUAUCGAUGAGAAGCUGUCUUCUUAUGCAAAGGACAGAACGGUUGAUUCACAGCAAAGCUUGGCCUUAAAGUCUUUCCUGGAGAAGCACCCUAAUUUUCGCACAAGCCUGUUGAUAUUUGUUCUUCUAGGAACUUGUAUGGCAAUAGGUGAUGGUAUUCUGACUCCCUCAAUAUCAGUUCUUUCAGCAGUUUCGGGAGUCAAGCUUAAAAUACCAGAACUUCACGAAAAUUAUGUUGUUAUAAUCUCAUGUGUCAUUUUGCUGGGACUUUUCUCUCUUCAGCACCACGGGACACACAGAGUUGCUUUCUUGUUUGCCCCAGUUGUCAUGGCAUGGCUUCUUUGCAUAUGUUGCAUUGGGAUUUACAAUAUAUUCCGCUGGAAUACACGAAUAAUACACGCGCUAUCUCCUGUAUACAUCUUGAAGUUCCUUAGAAAUACGGGCACAGAAGGAUGGGUAUCACUGGGUGGAGUAGUUCUGUCUAUCACAGGUGUUGAUGCGAUGUUUACUGAUAUGGGCCAUUUCUCUCCUGUCUCGAUUAGGGUAGCCUUCACAGUUCUUGUCUAUCCUUCUCUGAUCCUUGCAUACAUGGGGGAGGCAGCAUUUCUCUCGAAGCAUCAUGAAGAUAUUCAAAGAAGCUUCUACAAGGCCAUACCAGAACCUGUCUUUUGGCCAGUUUUUAUUGUGGCAACUUUAGCUGCAGUAGUAGGAAGUCAGGCUGUAAUAUCAGCCACCUUCUCCAUCGUAAGCCAGAGCUCUGCAUUGAACUGCUUCCCCCGAGUUAAAAUCAUUCAUACUUCUAGUAAAAUCUACGGGCAAAUAUACAUUCCUGAGGUCAACUGGAUGCUGAUGUUUCUUUCUCUUGCGGUGACAGUAGGAUUGAGGGACACUAACAUGAUUGGUCAUGCAUAUGGGCUGGCAGUAACCACUGUUAUGUUCGUAACAACUUGCCUUAUGGGAUUGAUCAUUAUAAUUGUGUGGAAGAGGCGAAUAAUUGAUGCUAUCUCAUUCGUUGUGAUCUUUGGCUCGGUUGAACUGCUUUACAUCUCGUCUUCCAUCUGCAAGGUCCCAGAAGGCGGAUGGAUACCUCUUGCUUUGUCUCUGAUUUUCAUGGUCGUGAUGUAUAUAUGGAAUUAUGGCAGCAUGAAGAAACACCAAUUUGACAUUGAGAACAAAGUCUCCAUUAACAGAAUAAUCUCUCUGGGGCCUAGCCUUGGUAUGGUUCGAGUCCCGGGGAUUGGACUCGUAUAUACCAAUCUCGUGACAGGCAUACCGGCCAUCUUCGGACACUUUGUGACAAACUUGCCAGCAUUUCAUCAGGUGCUGGUCUUUGUUUGCGUAAAAUCUGUUCAAGUUCCCUAUGUCGGCGAAAGUGAACGAUUGCUUCUUAGUAGGGUCGGACCAAAGGAGUAUGGCAUGUUUCGUUGCAUCGUGAGAUAUGGUUACAAGGAUUUACAGCAAGAGAACUACAACUUCGAAGACAGUUUGGUUGCUGGAAUACUGCAAUUUGUGGAAACUGAAGACAGCGAUUGCUCGAAGCCAGUAAGUAUAUCAUCCGGAGAGACUGGAAACCAGCGAAUCCAGGCCUCUAGUGCUCAAGAUCUCUCUUCGCUUGACUUGUAUCAUGAAUUUAGCAUGCAAGCUCAGUGCGACAUCGGAGGAACGUCAUCAGAUAUCAACCAUUUGGAAAUUUUUCCUCUAAAAGACGAGACGCUUCGGAUAUUAAAGGCCAAAGAAUCUGGAGUUGCUUAUAUUCUGGGGCACUCUAAUGCGAAGGCGAAGAAAUCCUCUCCCUUUAUGAAGAAACUAGCCAUAGAUGUCGUGUAUGCUUUCCUGAACAAAAAUUGCAGAGAUCCUGAUGAUGUGCUGAAUGUGCCUCACACUUCUUUGCUGGAAGUUGGUAUGGUUUACCAUAUCUAGUUUCCACUCUGGCAAAUAAAGGUUGGCCUCAGAUCCUGGGAUCUCAAGACGAAGUAAAAUCCGAGGAGCUCAGGGGCUUGACCGACACUGACAAAGUUAAGAAAAUCAAGACGAGGAAAUCUGAAAGCAGGAAGCUUGUCGGAAGUUAAAAGUGGUCACAGGCUAAAGUACAAAUGAAUGCUCUUGUAAAUGAGAAUUCAAAAGGGUUUCGUUAUUGGGAAAAUAGAAUACAGAAGCGCAGAGAGCUGAUGUAUUUUUGAGAUGUGUGCAUGCUGAUAUGCCUUCUUUUGUUCAAACU